AUGGAUGAAUGGAAUGAGUCGAAAUCCACAACUUGCAAAGGGCAAACCCAACCGUUAAGUGGGUCUGUGUACCCAGGAGGAUCAAUGGCAGCUGUGGCUGUGGUGAAGGAAAUACUGAGAAACAUGUCCAUUCCGGUGAAGUUGCUGGAUGUGACAACACUUUCACAGCUGAGAAAAGAUGGGCAUUCAUCCAUUUAUGGGUUUGGUGGAAAUGAAGGAAAUGAUUGUAGCCAUUGGUGUCUUGCUGGUGUUCCUGAUACUUGGAAUCAGCUCUUGUAUGGAGUUCUUGUAGCUGGUAAUCGUUCAAAAAUUUGA